AUAAAAAUAGUCGUUUAAACAAAUCACCGAGUUGUAACUUCGAAUAUAAAUUUGCAAACUGCAUUUCGUCACCAUAAAUUAGCCGAUAUUAAUGUCUCAUUCGUAUUUGAUACUUUUAUAAAUCUUGUUGAGUAGAAAAAUAUGCAGAACCAAGAGCAUUUGCUUCAAGAGAUUGAGGGCAUAGACGAUUACUGGGGCCCAACGUUCCGGGCCAUAUAUGACCAAGAUGAUGACAGCCGCAAGUUCAUUGAUACUUUGGACAAUCGCAUCAAACAGUACGAUAAAGAUAUUGAACGUAUGUGCAAUUUUUACUAUCAAGGUUUUAUAGACUCCAUUAGAGAACUACAACAAGUCGAACAACAGGCCUCUAAACUGAAAAAACAAGUCAUAGAACUCGACAUUAAUGUACAGAAUACCGCCACUGAUGUUUUGGUUGCCGGAGAAGAACUUGUUAGGGCUAGACAAGUUGAAAACAAUAUUAAAAUGGCCAUUGAUAGUUUAUCAUUGUGUUUGCCUGCUCUCUCCUCAUAUGGUAAACUACAAAAACAAAUGGCUGAUAAACGUUACUACCCUGCGUUAAAAACUCUAGAACAACUCGAACAGUUAUAUUUGCCUCAAGUUUCUCACUAUAAAUUUUUUAGACAAAUGAUAGAUAGAAUACCAAAGCUUAGAGAAAAUAUUAAAGAUUCGUCAAUGUCUGAAUUAAAUAGUUUCUUGGAAACUAUUAGAAAGUUUUCAUCAAAGGUCGGAGAAGCUGCUAUGAAGCACAGUGUCGAACAGCAAAAUUUUGACUUUGGCUUAACUAAAAUGAAGAAAAGAAUUCUUACAGAAAAUUCAAAUGAUGAUAAUGUAUCUGAUGACGAAGAUUCAUUAAGUGCUCAGGAUCUUAUUGAUUUCUCUCCAGUGUAUCGUUGUAUACAUAUAUGCACAGUAUUAUCAUCAAGAGAUACAUUUGACGCUUAUUAUCGCCAACAAAGAAGAGAACAAGCUCUGCUAACUCUUCAUCCUCCCAACAAUAUGCAUGAGUCUAUUGCGAGCUACUGCAAUUAUUUACAAAGUAUUGUAGGUUUUUUCGUUGUAGAAGAUCAUGUAUUGAAUACAGGAAAUGGAUUGUUAACAAGGUCUUAUUUAGAAGACCUGUGGAAAAUGGCCUCAGAUAAAGUGGUGAGUAUUAUGAGAACUAAUACUGCAUAUUGCACUGAUGCUAAUUUACUUUUAAAAAUCAAAGACUUAAUAAUGGUAUUUUGUAUUACUCUUCGGAGUUACGGGUACUCCGUUAAAAGUUAUUUUGAUUUAUUACAUGAAAUACAAGAGCACUACAACGAAAUACUCAUGCAGAAAUGGGUUCAAGUGUUUAGAGAUAUUUUGUAUAGAGAAACAUUCAGCCAUCUUCAAGUCGAAAAUCAAGAACAAUACGACAAUGUUGUACAGACGUUCCCGUAUCAAGAUGAACAACUAGAAACCUCUCCAUUUCCAAGAAAAUUCCCAUUUUCUUCUAUGGUACCGAGUGUUUAUGACCAAGUUAAGCAAUUUAUAAAUGCGUGUUUAAAAUUUUCUAAUGAUUUAAACUUUAGCGAAGGAGAGGUUGAUGAAAUGGUACAAAAAUCUACUAAGUUGCUGCUUUCGAGAACCUUCAGCGGGUGUUUAUCAUCAGCGUUUCAUCAACCAAGACUUGGCCUGUUACAAGUGAUACAAAUUAUUGUCGAUACCGGAUAUUUAGAAAAAUCGUCAAAGUCUAUUCAACAGUUUGUUUCCGAAGCUACAGGAUCGUCUGGAGGAACUGUGGGCGAUGAUGCAGGAAUUACAUUAGGCGUAGCUAGAAGCGAUGCUGAGCAUCACAUGUAUGAUAAAAUGAAAUUGAAAUUGAACGAGUUUUUAGAUUUAGAAGACUAUGAUUGGAUGUUAGUAGAACCUACUGGUCAAGCUUCGUCCUUUGUCACAGACUUAAUAAACUUUUUAAGAGUAGUUUUCAAUGCCUUAAGAAAUCUUACGGAAGAAGUAUCGGUUCAUGUUUGUCAAGUAGCAUUUGAACACAUUUCUAAAUCCAUUUUAAAUUUAUUACUGAGUGAGGAUAUAAAACAAUUAUCGAUGGGCGCUUUGAAUCAAUUAAAUUUGGAUGUAAUACAAUGUGAGUUAUUUGCAGCAUCAGAACCUGUUGGAAAAACUGAUGACCCAGACUUUUCUCAGCAUUUCGCUCCAUUGAGACAACUUUUGGACUUGCUACUAAGUUGGGACUGGUCCACAUACUUCCAUGACUAUGAUCAAGAAACAUCAAAAUAUUCCCACGUUAAACCAACAACAGCAAUAACCGUUUUGGAAAAGUUAAAGGAAGCAGACAGAAAAAGUGUAUUUUCAGUUUUGAAAAAAAGCGAAAGAGACAAAAAGAAAUUACUUGAUACUGUCCUAAAACAAUUAAAACAGUUAGCAAUAACUGUUCAGCAAUAAUAGUUGAACAAAUAAAUUAUUAUAUAAUCUUAAAAUAUCUUUCAACUGUUUACUU